AUGCAUGUCAUCAAGAUCCUGGCACCCCCAGCCUUUGCUACCGCCUCUCUCACAGGUCGAGCCGUCCCAGACCCUUCCGCAUGGAACGACCUGCACCGGUCUGCGCUGCUCGCCUCCGCAGCGUACGCCGGCUGCACCGAGCGAGCCUUCGAUGUGACCAUCACCAAGCCGAUCCGAUCCCCCGUGGCUGAUACCGAGGUACUCUACUCCCCUUCCCGUCUGCCAUGCUUGAGGCGAGUAUCUGAACCGCACCAGGGCUUCGUGGGAUACUCCGAGCAACGCCGGACCAUCGCAGUGGUGAUGCGCGGCUCUGUCAACGUCCAGAACCUCCUCACAGACGUCGACACCACGCCGGUGAACCCCGUCCUGUCGGGCGUCACUUUCCCCCCCAACGUAACCGUCAUGAACGGCAUCUACAAGCCGUGGUCGGUCGUGCACGACGACAUCCUCACGGAGGUCCGCGCGCUCCUCGCCCAGCAUCCAGACUACACCCUCGAGUCGACGGGGCAUUCGCUCGGCGGCUCCCUGACGUAUCUGUCGUACAUUGCGCUGGCGCAGAACUUCCCGGGUAGAGAGAUUGUGAGCACGGCGCUCGCUGCGUUCCCCAUUGGCAAUGAGGUAUUUGCUGCGUUUGGCACUGAGCAGAAUGGGACGAUGAAGAGAGGGAAUAACAUCGACGAUGGGGUGCCGGUUCGUGGGGUCCUAGCGUUUUUGAAAGGAGCUUGUGCUGACAGCGGCAGAAUAUGUACGUCUUGUCGCCGAAUGAUUAUAAGCAUUACGGGGUUGUGA